ACAGCCUGACAGGGAACGUACGAGCGCAUGCCGUGGCUCUCGCCAGGUCAGCGCAGUGAGCUUUGUCACCCCCCUAAAUAGCGUUGCAGUGGACUAAGGAAACGAAGCCAUCUCUAUGCCAGACGCAUGGAUCCGGCGACGAUAAGGAUUUCCGGUGCAUUUAGUCGCCUUCUCGAGAGCUUCAGAGUGCCUUCGUCUGCACUUGCUCCGAGGCUGUCGAUUUCCGCUCAGCGGGGCAAGCCCGCCUCUGACAACGUCGAGCCGGCCCUGCUCUUACGCCUCGAUUACCUUUGGAAACAGGCCUUAAGUCACCUUCCCACCAAUCAAACAUAUUCACGUGCGUUGUCUCGAAAAUUUAUUCGCCUGCGCGACUUGUUCUCCGCUCAUGAAGUCCUACAUCCACACUUGUCCGACUGCCUAUGUCCUGUGUGCGGGGUGAUCCUUUUUCCUGGUGUCACGGCUCGGACCCGCGUCCAACAUGGGGCCAAGAGAUCUCAGGCCAAUGCCCGCCGUAAGUGGAUGCGCCUUUCUAAUCAAAACAGUGACCCGAGGAGUGGAUAUGCGGCCAACGUGCCCUGUUCGCUGAAGAACCGUGUGACCUACGCCUGUAUGCUCUGCAAUAGGGGUUCGCGCACGAUGGACGGGGCGACAAGGCGGUCGGAAGAUAAGCGGAGCACAUUGGGUGAGGCAAGAAAGGCUGAGACGAGCCUUCUUUGCCCUGGUGCCUCUGGGGAGCUCUCAUCGUCUUCAAAGCAGCAAGUUCCAGACACGACGGAGGAGGAGGACUUCAUUCCUCUGCAAUCGGAAAGCUUCAGACAACUUCAAAAGCACCAGAAAACUUUAGCCCCGCCACGCUUGCUCCUGGACCCAAAGCCACGCAAACGAAAGCGCCAGGAAGAACCAAGCCGGGAUGGUCAGAAGUCGGUGUCUCGGUCUCUAGGUCAGGUACGAGGAUUUCUCGCGUCCUUCCAGAAAGGAUGAGCAUUUUUCUGGAUGAAACCUGGUGCCUCUACUUUUGAGGUUGUUUCAUACCUCCUUCUAGAUUAUGGAAUACUUUGCCACAGGUAUUAUCGAUAAUUUAAUCUGGCUCUAGAUAUAUUGCAUAUAUGUGGCCGACCGUCGAUUGUAAAUGCCUUCGUACAUGUUGUGGGGCUAAAGAAGGUGUCAUUUAACACAUGACGAGAAAUGAAUUGGCCAAUGAAAGAGAAACAUUACAAGCAG